AUGAUUCCGAGAUACGUUCUUGCCUCGACCCUCGUCUCAGGAGGGGGCUUCCUCAAUGGAUACGAUACUGGGUCAAUCGGAGGCCUUACGACCAUGCCACAGUUCAAACACUCGGUUGGGCCCAUGACUCCAUUCAUACUGGGCUUCACCGUAUCCCUCGUCAUGCUUGCUGGAGGCCCGCCUUCGGUCUUCGCCGGCCAGCUUGCCGACCGCUACGGCCGGCUCAAGGUUAUCGCCCUCGGUGCCGUUUUGUUCCUUGCCGGAGCCAUGCUGCAGGGAACUGCGGCUUCCCUCACCCAGUUUCUUGUGGGCAGAAUGUUGAGCGGCGUAGGCGAAGGCGUGUACUUGGGUAACAUGAGUGUCUAUAUUUGUGAGAUAGCCCCGUUGAAGCAGCGUGGGAUGCUCGUGGGCAUGCCGCAAUUUCUGGCAACAGCCGGGGUCUGCGCAGGGUACUUUACUUGCUACAAGACCGUCGAAAUUGGCUCGAGUAUGGCGUGGCGGCUUCCCUAUGUGGUUCAAGGAGCGGGUGCAGCACUUCUCGCUCUGAGUUGUCUGCUGCUUCCUGAGUCGCCACGCUGGUUGAUGCUGCAUGGCCAGCGGCCAGAAGCGACCCGCGCGUUGCAGCGACUGGACUUUUCUCUGGCAGAGGCGGAGCGAGACUUCAUGGCCAGUCCUGAGCAGAGUCUCAGCCUCUCGCCCUGGCAGAGUUUUCUGCUGCUUUUCAAACGAGGCUAUCGCGGCAGAACAGUGCUGGCGCUGUUCGUGUUGGGAAUGGUCCAGCUCUCAGGCAUUGAUGCAGUGAUCUAUGUGGGUACCGAAGUACACGUCUCGUGCCCUGGUCAGCAUGUUGACGCUGCUUGUUUGCAGUACGCUCCUGUGCUCUUCGCUCAAGCAGGACUGCCAUCGGAUACCGCUUCCUUCCUGGCCUCCGGACUGUCUGCAGUUCUGAUGCUCGCCAUCUCCAUUCCCGCCUUCCUGUUUGCCGACAAGUGGGGGAGACGCACGUCAGCCAUUACUGGCGGCGUUGGCCUGGCCGGGUGCAUGCUGCUGAUGGGUACCUUGUACGCCACAGGGAUUGUCCAUAUGUACGCGGCCGCCAAAUGGGCCGUCAUUGUGACCGUUUUCGUUUUUGGGCUGAUUUACUGCUCGACUUGGAACAUCUUUGGCAAGAUUUACGCGAGCGAGAUACAGCCUUCGCACACUCGUGCCGCAGCGAACUGUGUUGCCAUGGGACUGAGUUUUUUUGCCAACUGGCUCGUAGCCAUACUCACACCGAUUCUUCUCGACAAGUCCGCGUUUGGUGCCUAUUUCUUGUUUGGCGGGCUGACUCUAGGCACACUUGUGGUCCUUGCGGCGUGCAUGCCGGAAACCCGGGGACGUUCUCUUGAGGACAUUCAGCAGGCAUUCCACCAGCCUAGGUUGAUUACAUUUCCCAGUCGCAUCAAGAAGUUCGCCAUGCGACGGAGAAGGGCAGCACCCACUGUUCACGACAGAUCUCCAGCGACCUCCGUGGAACUGGAUCGCCAAAGCUCCUCUGCAGAGCAACAUGGCAGCACCGUCAAUGAGAUGUCCCCAGGUGUUUUAGUUGGAGUCCCGCCCCUGUAG